AUGAAAAAUUACUAUGAUUUGUUAUCUAAUACCAUGGCGGAAUAUUCCAAGCUCAACCCACCAUCAAUAGAAUUCUGUUGCAAACAUCUAAAUCUUCAAUUAUUUAUUGCAAAUUUAGUUGGAACUGAUGAAAUUGACUUGUGUUUAGUAAUGUCUCCAUGUUUUCAUAUUCGAGAUCUUUGCAAAUAUUUGUAUGAGAAUGGUGGAAAAAUCAAUCAUCAAGGUCCACUUGGAAUAACAGCUCUUAGUGUUGCAGUUUAUGAAAAUCAAACAGAUAUUGUUAAAGAUUUAAUUUCAUUCGGAAUUGAUAUUGAGAAAUCAGAUAAAAAUAUUGGAAGUCCUCUUACUGUUGCCGUAAUUCUUAACAAUACUGCUAUGGUGGAGUUACUUAUUUCAUAUGGGGCUAAUGUCAACGUUCAAGGUAAAAAACAUAGAUUUUCACUACUUCAUCUUGCAACCAUAUUAAAAAAUAAAGAAAUUAUUGACAUUCUAAUUAGUAAUGGUGCAUUUGUAAAUCAGAGGUCUAACGAAUUUGGUAUCACUCCGUAUAUUUUGGCAUCACUUAUGAAUUCUAAAGAAAUUGUUCAACUUCUGAUUUCCCGAGGUGCAAACGUCAACAUGACAGAUAAAUAUAGAAAUAAUGCUAUUGCUUAUGCAUUAUUGUAUAACAAUAAAGAAAUCAUGAAAGAAAUGCUUAUCAAAUUUAGCGCAUUGGUGGCGCUUGAUUAUAAAGCAUUUGAUAUGGAAAGCGAUAACAAAGACUUGAUGGAGCUUCUAAUUUCAUCUGGUGUAAAUCUCAAUCAACAAAAUUCUCAUGAUAAUACACCUCUUCAUAUAGCAGCAAUAACUUCUAAUGGAGAAAUCGGAGAAAUUUUAAUUUCACAUGGUGCCGAUAUUAAUGCUUUAAAUGAAAAUGAUUAUACUCCACUUGAUUUCGCAAUUAUGCGUGGUAAGAAAGAGUAUAACAAAGAGUUUCGUCAAUUUGGGAAUCAAAAUCAACAAGAUUUUCUUGAUUUUUUGAAGAAGAAAAGCGAAAUGGUAUCUCUCCUAUAUUCACAUGAUGGAAUAGCCAAUUUUAACAAGGAGUUCAAAAGUAAUUCUAUCUCAGAUAUAAUACGAAAUAAUUUUUAUGGAGAUUCGCAAAUUGAUGACAUAAUGAAAAUGUUAUAA